AUUUGCAUUAGAGCUAAACCCGUUUUUGUCCUUGCCAUAAAGUCUUCCAAUCUGGGACUCCGUCCCUAUAUUAUCCUCCGGAGUCCGCCGGAGAAAAUCUAUAACCCAGUGCUCGGUUCCUCGCUUCUGCUUCGCCGUCGAUUACCUACCGCAAACCUAGGUCGCGGUCAGGCCUCUUACGGAUGGACAUAAUCUCGCAAUUGCAAGAACAAGUUAACACCAUUGCAGCUCUCGCCUUCAAUACCUUUGGGACGCUGCAAAGGGAUGCGCCUCCGGUGAGACUUUCUCCCAAUUACCCAGAACCGCCUGCUAAUCCCACUGAGGAUGCGGCGAAUUUUGCAGAGCAACCCAAGCUCAUGAGUGCCGCUCUUGUCAAGGCUGCUAAGCAGUUUGAUGCAUUGGUUGCGGCACUACCAUCAUCCGAGGGAGGUGAAGAAGCUCAGUUGAGAAGGAUUGCAGAACUUCAGGCUGAAAAUGAUGCUGUAGGCCAGGAACUUCAGAGGCAACUGGAAGCUGCAGAGAAGGAGCUGAAACAAGUGCAAGAGUUGUUCAGUCAAGCAGCCGAUAAUUGCUUGAACUUGAAGAAACCAGAUUGAAGUUACUUUUGGGAGCUGGAACCACUUUUUCCCUCUUCACAGUUGUCCCAAGUGCUCCUCAACAUGUCAUUUUUUUUAAUGGUUUUGGUUUUGGUGCCAAAAACUAUGCCCAGUCUGUGUUGUACUUAUGACGGAUAAUGUAAGAAUGGAUCUAAGGUUGAGAUCACAAAUUUCAUGUUCCUUUCGUUUUGGUUAUAUGGCACUUCUUUUAAGGUAGUUGUUGGUUUUGAAAUAACCCGAUUCCCUCCCC